GGUUCCAGGAGCCACGGCGACACGCCGGGCCGCCGCCGCGGAAGCAGGAAGCGGCGAGGACGCUGGGCCCGGGCUCGGAGGACAGGUAAAGGUGCCCUGAUUUUGGGGAGCACAAGCCAUCUUAGAGCCUUCGUGGCAGUCUCAUCGACCAGUCGCAGUCUUUAAAAGGCGAGGCGUGCAGACAGAAGAAGGACGAAGACUUGAAGCACAAAGCCGUUCAUUUCACUCCUUUCGUAUGAUUUCAUCUUCUUCUGAAAAGCCACGAACGAAAAUGAGGACUUAAGCACAGCAUAACAAUUGCCAGCGCCGUAUUUGAAUAAUCAUGGAGAGGUUUCCUCAUUUAUCACUUUCUGAAGGUACAUGGCUAAGACCUGGACACCGUCUGCACCUUACCCAGGAUUCUACAGUUUUCUCUUGGUGAAUCCUUGAUGGAUUUGACUCUUGGUUGCUGGCAACUUUUGGGCAGGAGAAAUGGCUACAAUCAGACUGGGGUUUGGAAGGCAGAAUUUUUGUCUGUUAAAGAGGAGGAGUUUCUUGCUGUUGAAACUCACAGCUGUUGUCUUUGCCGUGCUUCUAUUUUGUGAAUUUUUAAUCUAUUACUUAGUGAUCUUUCAGUGUCAUUGGCCUGAGGUGAAAACUCCAGCCUAUGGUGGUGAAAAAGAGAAUCCUGAACCUGUGCUGAAAGCCAUAUUUUUGGCUGAUACCCACUUGCUUGGGGAAGUAAGAGGCCACUGGCUAGACAAAUUACGAAGAGAAUGGCAAAUGGAGAGAGCCUUCCAGACAGCUCUGUGGUUGUUGCAGCCAGAAGUCAUCUUCAUUCUGGGGGACAUCUUUGAUGAAGGGAAGUGGAGCUCCUCCCAGGCCUGGGCAGACGAUGUUGAGCGGUUUCAGAAAAUGUUCAGACACCCACGUCAUGUGCAGCUGAAGGUGGUUGCUGGCAACCAUGACAUUGGCUUCCACUACCAGAUGAACAUGUACAAAAUAAAACGAUUUGAGAAAGUUUUCAACCCUGAAAGGCUGUUUUCUUGGAAAGGAAUUAACUUCGUGCUGGUCAACAGCGUCGCACUGGAAGGGGACGGCUGCAACAUCUGCUCUGAAGCAGAGGCUGAGCUCAUCGCGAUUUCUCACCAACUGAAUUGCUCCCGAGAGCAGGAGCAUCGCUCCACCGGGUGUGGAGAUGGGCCCCCGCUGCCAGCAUCCGCCCCAGUCCUUCUGCAGCAUUUUCCACUUUACCGGAGGAGCGACGCUAACUGUUCUGGGGAGGACGCGGCACCUCCGGAUGAAAGGGGCAUCCCCUUUAAGGAGAGAUACGAUGUGCUUUCUCGGGAGGCUUCGCAAAAGCUGCUGUGGUGGCUCCGGCCGCGCCUGGUCCUGAGCGGCCACACGCACAGCGCCUGCGAGGUGCUCCACGGGGCCGGGACCCCCGAGCUCAGCGUCCCGUCUUUCAGUUGGAGGAACAGAAACAACCCCAGUUUCAUCAUGGGCAGCAUCACGCCCACAGACUAUGCCCUUGCCAAGUGCUACCUCCCCUUUGAGGACACGGUUCUGAUCAUAUACUGUGGAGCAGCUGGGUUCCUUGUGGUCCUCAUAUUAGUUCACUUUGGGCUUCUAGGCUCACCUUGUCUUCUUGGUUGGAACCUGCUCAGAAAACCUAAGACAACAUGAAGAGCAGGAGACUUUUUGCAUUUAGUAAUAAAUAUCAAAGCCAAAGAAACUGAACUUCGGGCAGUGCUUAAGUGAGAUGAGACCAAGGUAGGCUGUCUUUAUGCACAUCAUAGAAAUUCUAAAUCACUGAUGCAAAUUACUGCAGAAUGAAUAGUUGAUUGUGCUGUUCUCAUGCUGUAAAAAUGGAACAUGUACUCUACAACAAGUCUGUUUUCUCAUUUUAUCAAAUAUGUGUAUAACCAAGAUGAUAUCUGUACAAUAUGUAAAAGCUGUUGAUGGCAUCACUUGCAUGCACUAGACAGUCUUUCCUCCCCAAGAUGGGCUGCAGCCCUGGAAUACACUUGGGAGUAGGUGUACACAGACAUGGGUUUGCUUCUCUCCUCCUAUGAAGUGGUUCUCAAAUUCCUAUAUAUUGUAAAGCUGUACACUUAAAAGUACAGAUGCUACAAGCAGGAAUAUAUUUUUGUCACAGACUUUUGUACUUCUGUGCUAAAUUAAUGGAAUCAGAUUUUUAGAUAUGUGUAAUUUUCUCUCUAGCAGACCAAGUCGUUAAAGCUGAAUUUAAUGCCUAUCAAUGAUUAAAAGAAACUUGAAAAAUGGACUAAGAAGUGGCUUUUGAUAUUUAAAAAUAAAUAUGUCUUUAUAAUUUUAAGCCAGAUAAAAUAUAUUCUUUUUGUGUUUUUUUCUGAGUCUGGCUCUUUCUUUAAUCAAGCUUUUAAAUAGAAAGUUUAGUUACAGGGGAGUCGUUGAGUAAUAAUGCACAUAACAAUAUACAGUUUCAUUUUUUGUGUAUGUGUGGGGAUGUCUCUCUUCAGUUUUUUUUCAUGUUUUACUUUGAAACUGCAAUGGAAUCUGAAAAUAAUUUCCACUUUGUAUGUCUCAGUUCAACUGAGAGUUUUAUGAAACCGUUAAGGAUGAGAGGAGCAGGAAUUUGGUGAUAAUGAAAUAAAAUGUGUUUUUUG